AUGCCGAAGAACAAGAAGAAGGCCUCAAAGGACGAGAAAGCCAAAGAGGAAGAGGAAGAGGAGGAGGAAGGUGAAGAUGCGCCGGAAAGCGAAGUGAAGGAAGCUGAGAAAGCAACAGAAGGAAAGGAAGAAGUGAAAGAGGAGGCGAAAAAUGAGGAUAAGGAGGAAGCAGAUGGAGCCAAAGGCUAUCCCAGCGAAUCCGCGGAGGCGGCCCCCAAAGCUCCUAAGCCCUUCCACAUUGAAUUCAAGUUACACGACUCCUACCCGCCGAUGGAGUCCGCGGUGACUGUGGUCUAUUGCCCGGUGUGCAGUCUCCCCCCGGACUUUUGUCAGUAUGGCCCUACCUGGGAGAAGUGCAAACCUUGGUGCCUGGAGAAUGCACCGCACUACUACCCUGAGUUGUCCGGUGUAUCUCUCGAAGAUGCCAAGAAAAAGGCCGAGGAGGUUAGCGAAAAAUCCAAAGAAAAACUUCUACCAGGUGGCAAAGUGAAGCGAGCCAAAUCGCCGCAUGUCACCAUCCGAAAAUUGAAUCGUGGUGGCCGAAAAUGCGUCACCAGCGUGGCCGGAUUAGACCUCUUCAGCAUCAAACUGGACGAUGUGGCGAAACUCUUCAAGAAGAAGUUCGCCUGUGGUUGUUCAGUGGUGAAGGGUGAGAACACUCUACCAGAUACGGUGGAUAUUCAAGGACAAUCCACACCCUUCUUUUUGAGUCCACAACUUCAAUUGCCCUGGCUUCGUUUAGCCACCCCUCAUGAAUUGCGGCGGCAAUUGUUGACCACGCGCCUAGAACUUGAAGCAGUUGCAACCCUUUGCUUUGCUCCUCCCUGUGCCCAAGCCGGCCUCUUUUUUCGCCCACCCUCGGUGGGUGCCGAUGUUCAGUCGACUGCUCUCCGAGAGGGGGACUGGAUGACGGAAGCUGCGGAACCUGUGGCAGCUGCGGGCCCUAAGAUGGAGGAUGCCCAGGAUGCCACAUUGACCACCGGUACCACGGGUACCACCAUGGAAACUGCUGAUGCUACUCUAGGAGAGAUGGAUUGUUCUACGUCGCCCAAGUCAUGUAGCUGGGAGGAUGCAGGAGAAGAGGAUCCGGAGGAAGUUCCGGUGGAUCGCGAAGGGAGUUUGGUGGAUGAGUACUUCCCCGGACACGUGGAGGUGGAUCAGAAAUCCGGUGUCGCCGGGUUGAGUCACCGUUCAGACCGAUUUCGCGGCUUGUCAGUGCAGGGUCGCGAACUCGAUAGUUUGCCACUGAUGCUCGUAGUCUUUGUUUGCAUUCUCGCCGCACUGUUGGGGCUAGUGGUGGCUGGGCUACAUAGCAUGGUGAAAUAUGUGGGCUGCCCACUGGGCAUCAACGGCUGCAACAGUUUUUCGGGCACCAAAUACGACUCUAGCAGUUUUGUGCUCAUCAAAGCACUUGAUGAGCUGCCUGAAGACGUGGUCUAUGUCCUAAUGGCCAUACUGAGUUUGCUGGUCAUCGGUGUCAUCGUGGACUUGGCCCCAGAGAGCUAUGCCAAACAGGCCCUCGGUGGAGGCACUGUGCAGUCACUACUGGCGGUGGCGGCUGGUAUACCUAUCUCCUUCGGUUGUGCGCUGCUGCGGGUCAUUGUCACGGCCAUCUACUUUGUGGGAGGUGGUACCAUGGGAGGUGACGGGCCAACGAUUCAAGUCUGCACUGCCCUCGCCGGGAUGAUCGGUUGGAUCUGCGGGAUCCGUUCGCCACGCACGCAGUCGUUGCUGGCGUCGUUGGGCUUCUGCUGUGGCUUCGCCGCCAGUUUCAACGCUCCCCUGGCGGGCAUUUUGUUCGCCAUGGAAGAGCUGCAGCACGUGUCGUCGCGGCUCACCACGCGGGUCAUUUGUAUCAUCCUCAUCGGCUCCAUCAUCUCCACUGGGGUCAUGAGAGGCUUCUUGGGCAACAAGGUGCUGUUUAAGGUGAACUUCCACCCAGGGCUAUCGGACUUGGUCUCCGGGGCAUCGACCGAGAAUUUGUUUGGCGAAAAUUUCUGGCUACUGAUCUCCAUUCCCAUUGGCAUCAUGUCAGCCUGUGUCGGCUAUUUGUUCCACCUUUGCUUCCACUACCUGCAUCGUUUCUUGAAGAAAGUGGCAUUUCGUUUCUGUCCCAGAUUUCUGGUCUUCGCCCUUCUGGCGGGUCUCUCUGCGGCCAUCGGCUCCUUGGUCUUUCGGAUCACUGGGCUGCGCGGCGUCUGGGGCGUGGGCGUCCAGUCGCUCUCCAUCGUGCUGAACGCGGAGGUGCAGCAGAACGACGCCUUGAUCUUCGCCAUUGGCAAGCUGAGCGCCUUUGCAGUGGGCGUGGCAGCGCGGUUCCCUGGAGAUACCCUGGAACCAGUGCUGAUCUCAGGUGGAUUUCUUGGCGCCUGGGUGGGCCAAUGGCUGCCCAUGGAGGAAAGCCGAUCUGCCUGUGAAAUCUUCGGGAUGGUGAGCCUCUUCGCCAGUUGCUUCCGAUUUCCCUUGACCCCUGUGCUGAUCGUGCUGGAGCUGACUGGGACAGAUAGUUACUACUUGAUUCUCCUGGUGGCGUUGUCGUCCUUCACCGCUCUCUUCAUCUCCAACCAUUUGUUUCCACCCAUCCUGGAGCAAAUCUUGGAACAAGAUGGCAUCGACUUAGAAGCGGUGGCUGAGCUGGCAGAGACGGCGGACGAGGAGGAGGCCGUCUUAAAAGCCGAAAUGGAGAGAGAAAGACAGAACACUGAGGACAGCCAGAGUGACCUGAAAAGAAGCCACUGCAGUGCGCAAAGGAUCGAUUCCAGGAGUUCCAGGGCAUUCCCUUCGGCCUUUCAGGCUGCGCUGGAAAAACUGGAGCACAAACUGGAAGAAUCUCUGGCGGAAGUUUCUGCUGUUGACCGGGGGCGGAGACGUAUGUCGCGGAUCUCACUGGCCUCAUCUUUACGUUCAUUCGGUGCUGGCAGCGGGCUUCGGAGUCCCCGGAGAACCAGCCGACGGUCGGACGAAUCGAGCCUGCGCAGUCUGCGAAUGCGAGAAAAUAGCUCCCUUCAAUCGGAUUCCUUGGAGCGAACCACAGCGACGGGGCCGCGGCCAGUGCCCCGAUCCUCGCAGCGAUCCUCGCGGCUGUCGCAUUCCAGUUCUCGCAGCUUUGGGGGUUGUGCAAGUUCUGGGACCGGUGGUGUGGAAUCAGGCGAAAAUCCCGACUCUCACGCUGAAUCGCGGCCAGUGGUGACGUUUGAUGAGGGCGAAGAUGCCAUUGGUGUUGGGGAAAGCUGGAGAGUGUGA